AAGCGCCAAGGCCACGAAAGCAGCAGGGCGCCUGCGCGCGAGUAGCCGGAAGUGACGCCACUAGGAAGGGACGCCACCGGAAGGGGCGUUUGGGGCCGAGCCAUGGCUAGGGAGGCGGCGGAGCUGCCUCCGAAGGAGACCCUGUCGCUCUGGAUAAGGGAGCAAGCCCAGCUGAAGGCGCUCGUGGUGGACCGGGACACGGAGGCGUGGCAGCGGGACCCCGGCUUCUCGGGGCUGCAGAGGGUCGGGGGCGUGGACGUGUCCUUUGUGAAGGGAGACAGUGUCAGCGCCUGUGCCUCGCUGGUGGUGCUCAGCUACCCUGAGCUCGAGGUGGUGUAUGAGGACUGCCGCAUGGUUAGCCUGAAGGCUCCCUACGUGUCGGGCUUCCUGGCCUUCCGAGAGGUGCCCUUUCUGGUGGCUGCGGUGCGGCGGCUGCGGGAGAAGGAGCCCGGCCUCGUGCCCCAGGUACUCCUUGUGGAUGGAAAUGGGCUUCUCCACCACCGAGGCUUCGGGGUGGCCUGUCACCUCGGCGUCCUCACGGACCUGCCCUGCAUCGGGGUGGCCAAGAAACUCCUGCAGGUCGAUGGCCUGGAGAACAACACCCAGCACAAGGAGAAGAUAGGACUCCUGCGGGCUGGAGGAGACUCGUUUCCUCUGACGGGGGGCUCUGGGACCGUGCUGGGCAUGGCCCUGAGGAGCCACGACCACAGCACCAAGCCGCUCUAUGUCUCUGUGGGCCACAAGAUCAGCCUGGAGGCGGCCGUGCGCCUGACCCGAGGCUGCUGCAGGUUUCGGAUCCCGGAGCCCGUGCGCCAGGCUGACAUCCGUUCUCGAGACUACAUCCGCAGGACCCUGGGAGCCCCCACGCCCCCCGCACCAGGGCAGGACAGGAGCCAGAAGGUACAGAGGCCAAAGGGAGGCUCGGAAGAGCUCCAAGAUGAGGGCAGGCCCCCCGAGGCCCACGGCCAAGGUCCCGAGACAGCAGAAAGCCCCAGACCCACGCGCCCAGCGGCGGCGAGCGUGGAGCCGAGCUGCGCGCAGUGAAACCCUCCAGCCGCCCGGCCUCCCACUCCGCCUGGAUGGUCACGGGGCCGUGGUGCCCACGGCAGCUGGUGGAGGUCCCAGGCUGCAGGACACGCUGGCCGCACCGCCCACAGGGACGGCCACGGGCCCGGCCACCGCCUGCCCCGUGGUCUGGGUCUCGAGGCUACAGGAGCUCGGCCGAAGACAGAUGUCACGCGGCAGAGCGCCAGACCCGGAAGGAGCGUGACGUUGCUUUCCCAGGGGCACAGGAAGGACGUUCAGGGUUCGUGGGGUUCGGGGCAUCUUUGUUUUUUUUCUCUAAAAGCACCCCAGGGGGCUUAAGACUGCCCGACUGCACGUGCAUUCGUGGCCUCUCGUCCAGCUGCUCCUUCAAGUGCACACGCCGUUGCUUUUUUGCCUUCGCGAUUUUAUUUUCCGGCGUUGGUUUUCACACCAGCGCUUCCCUCGUCUCUCAGGCGGCCGCUGAGUUGCCUCUGCCCUGACCCGAGAGGGUGCGAGCUAGGGCGGCCGGGCCCUCUGCUCGCGGCUGCCCCGCCCAUCUGCCAGCCGGCCUGCUGCAGGCACACGAGGGGACCAGGGGGCACGCGGGGUGGUCAGGUACCCGAUGGGACGGGUGCUGGUGGCCGAGGGGUGGGGCGUCGGGCCCCGCUGCCCUGGCUGGGGCUGUGAGGGCAGGCGGCCCCGUCUGGGAAGCCGGUUGAGCACGUCCCCACCCCAACUGCAGUGCUGUUAGCCUGCCCUCACUGCUACCCGCCUGGGGCCCUCCCCUGUGCUCCUCCUGACCCCAGGCCCGACCUCCGGGGGUCCUUGAGAGUGCCUCUGGCCCCCUGCUGGCCCCUCAUCUCCAUGUGGGCGGCGCGGCCGCACCCACAGCCCCCUGUGCCCCACGGGCCAGCUCGCCCCAGGCUCCCUGCACACUCUGGCAUUCGCUGAGAAGUACGACUCGAAGAGGUUUUUCUUGCCUUUCA